AUGGUGCAGGGCACCGUGAGCAGCGCGGGGCUCCCCGCGCCGUGGCAGGAGGUUCACGCCGAGGGACUCACGUACUACUGGAACACCGAGACGAACGUGACGCAGUACGAACGUCCCGUCGCAGGUCAGGCGUCCAAGCCCGCGAUCGAUUACUCGUACCUCGGCGGCGCCACCGAGGGCGGCGCGCUGGGAAACAACGAGGCCGGCGGCGAGGAGGAGUACAACGCGCCGCCGCCCGACGCGUACAAGCGCGGCGGCGGCCUCGGCGUCACCGAUCUCAACUACCAGACCACCGAAGACGGAGCCGAGUACCGUCGGCGCAACGAGAUCACCGUCAAGGCGCCGCACGGCAUCGUCGUUCCGGACGCCAUGCAGCGCUUCACCGACUGGGAAUGGCCGCGAGAGCUCAUGGACGCCGUCGACAGGGCCGGGUACAAGUCCCCGACCCCGAUCCAAGCCCAGUCGUGGCCAAUCGCGCUGCAGGGAUACGACCUCAUCUCCGUCGCAAAGACGGGAUCGGGCAAGACGGUGGGAUACCUCUUCCCGGGGAUCAUGCACAUCCGCGGCAGGCAGGGGCCCUCGUUCCCGCGGCCCGUCGGGCCCACCGUCACCGUCCUCGCCCCGACGCGCGAGCUCGCCACGCAGAUCCAGGACGAGACGGCAAAGUUCGGCCGAGCCAUCGGCAUGUAUUCCGUGUGCCUGUACGGCGGCGCGCCCAAGGGGCACCAGCUCCGGGAACUCCGCCACGGACCGCAGAUCGCCAUCGCAACCCCGGGAAGGCUCAACGACUUUCUCGAGUCCGGCGCCGUCAACCUCGGCUCGUCCACGUACGUGGUGCUCGACGAGGCGGACCGGAUGCUGGACAUGGGCUUCGAGCCGCAGAUUCGAAAGAUCCUGCAGAGGGCGCCCGCGCAACGACAGACGCUGUUUUUCACCGCGACGUGGCCACGGGCGGUGGUGCGCGUCGCGACCGCCAUCCUCACCAACCCCAUCCAGGUCAACAUCGGCGACACCGACACCCUCGUCGCCAACAAGGACAUCACGCAAGUCGUGGAGGUGUGCGGCGGGUUCCAGAAGCAGCAGCGCCUGAUGGAGGUGCUUCGCAACCCGCCCACGCAGCCGCUCAAGGCGAUCGUGUUCUGCGGCACCAAGAAGAUGUGCGACCAGAUUGGGCGAAGCAUGGGCGGCAUGGGCGCGGUGAUCCACGGCGACAAGGAGCAGCGCGAGCGAGACUGGAUCCUCAACCAGUUUCGAUCCGGUCGCGUCCCCGUCCUCGUCGCCACCGACGUCGCCGCGCGAGGUCUCGACAUCAAGGAAGUGAACAUGGUCGUCAACUUUGACUUUCCCAACCAGAUCGAGGAUUACGUCCACCGCAUCGGCAGGACGGGGCGCGCGGGGAACAAGGGGUGGGCGCACUCGUUCAUCGAGCCGGGUGAGGGUAACAUGGCGCGCAAGCUCAUCCCGAUCCUGCGCGACGCGGGGCAGGACGUGCCCGCGGAGCUCGACGACAUGGCGCGCCGCGGCGGCGGCAGCGGGAAGCCGUCGCGGGGUAGGGGCGGCGGUAGGGGCGGCGGUUUCCGCGGCGGCGGCGGCGGCUACGGCGCCGACCGCGGCGGUUUCCGCGGAGGCGGCGGCGGCUACGGAGGCGGCGGCGGCUACGGAGGCGGCGGCGGCUACGGAGGCGGCGGCGGCGGCUACUCCAACGGCGGCGGCUACGGCGGCGGGUAUUAA